UUGGUCGUGCAGAAACGCUCAGGGUUGCAGCAGAAACACCCUCCGUCUUUUUUAUUUGCAUAUUUAUAAACGCAUCGUAUCCCAUUUCUAUUCUUACCAAGGUUCAAGUUCUUUUUGAGGCCAGUUGCAUGCAUUGUUCGUAUCCAAAAAUGGUUUGCGAGACAAAAAUUGUUGCGGAUGAACACGAUGCCAUACAAGGGACAAAAAAAGAUUCAAUUAUCCUUUCCUCCUCGCAAAUGUGGACUUCUUCCACACCGGCACCGAAUCCUCUCGAGGAAAAUGAUGUGAGGAAAGAUACGGUUUUUAUCCGCGAGUUUGAGCGCACCGACCAUGUGGAAGUGCGCCGCAUCUUUUAUGAGGGGAUUAUGGAGAGAAUACCCAACACGGCAUUCAGAGGCAUAUUACAGCAAAGUCAAACCCAAUUCUUAUAUGCUCUUCUGACACUGAUGUGCUUUGUUGUGACCAAAUCCCUCGCGCUGACCUGCUGCGUGCCGUUCGUUCUCAUGGGCGCGCGCUACUUCUACAGCCACAAAGUUAUCCACAACUAUCUGGCCUGCGCGCUGCACACUGACAUGGCGGACAUCGGGGAGUAUUACAUGAAACCUACAGGCUCAUGUUUCUGGGUGGCAGUGCUGGAAGGUCAGGUGGUCGGCAUCGUGGCGGCGCAGGGCCGGGAGGACGACAACACGCUGGAACUGCGCCGCAUGUCGGUGGACUCGCACUUCCGCGGCAAGGGCAUCGCCAAGUUGCUGGGGCGCCGCGUGCUAGAGUUUGCCAUGCAUAACAACUACGCCGCCGUCGUCCUGGGAACCACCGCCGUCAAGAUGGCCGCCCACAAGUUGUAUGAGUCGCUGGGCUUCCGGCGGACCGGCGGUAGCGAGGAUUACAUGCUGCCCGGAAUGAGCCGUUCGCCGCUAGAGAGGCUCUUCUUCCAGAUCCGUUACCAGCGCUACCGCCUGCAGCUCCGCGAGGAGUGAGGGAUGAGAGAGAGGGAGAGAGGGAGAGAGCAACGACACCUCCUCCUCAUCGAUGCAGAGCCCCUCGCCCAACGAGCCCCGACCAAGUCCUUCUUCUCUCUGACAACUUUAUUUGUUUUGUAUUAUUAGAGUUACUUCUUCUUACUACUACUAUUUCUAUUCAUUCUUCUUAAGUCACUAACUUUUUAUGGGUUUUAGUUUUUUGUAUUAUUCUUUGACAUUUUGAAUUUAGUGUCCCCCCCCCCACCCUUGAGUACACUUUUUGUUGUGUGUCUAUUUUCACUCCCUCCUGUUGUAAAAAAAAUCCCUAACAUAUAUCACCAUCCCAUGCCUAUUCAAAUGACAUCAUCAACUGAGUGUUCUCUUUGCUUUUGAUACCAUGUGAUUGUUCCUCACCGUAUUCAUUACCUCUACCAGCUCCUCCCACAUCUA